UUCAAAAUAUCAUUUAUUAAAAUCAACUAUUGCUUACAGGUUGAUUUUUCUGAGAAACCAUCGUUUUGGAAGGCAUUAAAGCCUCCCGCAAAAGACAAAUGUGGUGAACUGCUUUGUUCCCUUUGCUAUCAUCCUAGUAAUUCUAUUUUAACAUUGACGUUACUUAAAGCGAGAAAUCUGAAAGCAAAAGACAUUAAUGGAAAAUCUGAUCCUUACGUAAAAGUUUGGUUACAAUUUGGUGACAAAAGGAUUGAAAAGCGAAAAACACCGAUUUUCAAAUGUACUCUCAACCCCGUUUUUAACGAAGCAUUUUCGUUUAAUGUACCUUGGGAAAAAAUCAGAGAAUGCUCAUUAGAUGUAAUGGUAAUGGAUUUCGAUAAUAUCGGCCGAAACGAACUGAUUGGCCGGAUACAACUGGCAGUAUUUGUUAGUUAGUUGAAUGAAGAAGAGGGCCUCCAACUUAUAAAAG